GUAUAAAAUCAAAUUUCUAGUCCAGCUUCGGCCUCCGGUUUCGACGAGCGCUCCCAGAAAUCUGGAGCAUUGCUUACGAUUUUUUAGGGUUUUGGGUAGCAAAGUUGGAGUGCUCUUCAGCUUCAAUGGAGUCUAAGUCGACUGGAAGGUUUAAGCUCGGCAAGCAGUCAUCCCUAGCUCCGGAUCGCGGCUGCGAUGAUUCUGUGGAGAUGGAGUUUCCCCCAGAUGUGGACGCCAAUAUCCGUCUCAUGUAUCUCGCGAACGAGGGUGAUCUGGAUGGGAUGCGAGAGCUGUUCGAUGCUGGGGUCGAUGUUAACUUUAGGGAUAUUGACGGCCGGAGGGCACUGCACGUCGCUGCUUGCCAGGGAUCCGCGGAAGUCGUCGAGCUGCUUCUUGAUAGAGGGGCGAAGGUCGACGUGGAGGACCGGUGGGGCAGCACGCCUCUUGCAGAUGCAAUACACUACAAAAACAAUGAAGUUAUCAAGCUUUUAGAAAAGCAUGGAGCUAAACUUCAGAUUGCUCCUAUGCAUGUUAAAAAUAUUCGCGAAAUACCAGAAUAUGAGAUAGAUCCUCGAGAACUUGAUUUCACUAACAGUGUUCAAAUUACUAAGGGAACAUUCCACAUGGCGACAUGGCGUGGAGUCCAGGUUGCUGUUAAAAGGCUUGAUGAAGAUCUAUUAACUGAUGAAGAUAAAGUGAAGGCAUUUAGGGAUGAACUUGCAUUGCUGCAGAAAAUAAGGCAUCCUAAUGUGGUCCAGUUUUUGGGUGCUGUUACUCAAAGCAGCCCUAUGAUGAUUGUCACAGAAUAUUUGCCCAAGGGCGACCUUCGUGCCUUCUUAAAAAGAAAAGGGGCCUUAAAACCGUUAUUGGCUGUAACUUUUGGACUGGAUAUUGCAAGGGGAAUGAAUUACUUGCAUGAACAUAAACCCGAAGCAAUCAUCCACCGUGACCUAGAGCCUUCAAAUAUAUUGCGGGAUGAUUCAGGACUACUGAAGGUUGCAGACUUUGGCCUAAGCAAGUUGCUGGACAUGACGAAAUCUAUCAGAGAGGACAGACCACUGGUUUGUGAAGACAAUGGCUGCAGGUAUGUAGCUCCAGAAGUAUUUCGAAAUGAAGAAUAUGACACAACAGUGGAUGUAUUUUCUUUUGCUUUGAUUCUUCAAGAGAUGAUUGAAGGGUGCAUGCCCUUUAAUACUCAACCAGAUUCCCGAGUUCCAAAUUUAUAUGCUGCUAAAGAGAGGCCACCUUUUAGAGCUCCACCAAGGCACUACGCGUUUGGAUUAAAAGAGUUAAUUGUGCAGUGCUGGAGUGAAAAUCCUGCUGCUAGACCAACGUGUAGAGAUAUUAUUGAGCGUUUGACAGAUAUCCGGAAUCACAUUAUUCAAAAACAGCGCUGGAAGGUGAGAGCUUUAAGAUGUUUCCAGAACAUCGAGGCAAUAUGGAAAGACCGGAAAGACCGCAAAGAUCGAUCUAAUAACCCGAGUAGUCGGUCCACUCGGUCUACGAGUUCAUAUUUCUAACUCAAGGAAGCGUAAAUGUUUAUGAAGACAACUCCUUCAUACAAUGAAGCAAUAAAAUGAGCCAAGAGAAUGGUAUUGUACAUGAUACGAUUACCUUCAGCUUCGUUUUUUUCAUCUCUUAUUAGUCUUUAUUAUUUGAGGAAAAUAAUAUAUGCAUGAGUUUGAUAUUUAUGUAUUUUUCUUAUGGUUUAUAUGUUGCUAAAUGUCCAAUUACACUUCACUCGCUGUUUAAGAUAAUCAUAAUCU